AUGCGUGAAAAGCCGGACGAAAAAUGGCGCGAAGUGACUGUGGCUGACAUCAAGGCAUAUAUUGGAUUUCAAAUUGUUAUUGGAGUGAUCAUAGCACCACAACUUGAUGACUAUUUUUCAACUGAUGAAAUGUUCGGAAUAUGUGGAAUCAAGCAUAGAAUUAAUCGUGAUAGAUUUGACAAUAUCAAUCAGUACUUUCAUGCCGCGGACACAUCGGUAAAUCCACCCAGAGGAGACGCCGGUCAUGACAAAAUCGCGCACGUGCGUCCAAUGCUUGAAAAAGUACGAACUUCACUGUCGUCUGCGUAUCGGCCACACAGGGAGUCGACAAUUGACGAGGCAAUGGUUGCUUACACCGGAAGGCUUUCCACCCAGCAGUAUGUCCCGAUGAAACCAACGAAGCGCGGGAUAAAAGUAUGGGUUCGGGCUGAUCCGCACAAUGAUUUUAUCAACGACUUUCAGGUGUACCUUGGAAAGGAAAACAACACAGGAUAG